UCAUGAUCUUUAAAAAUCUCUUAAAAUUUAACUCUUACAGGACUGAAAAUUUGAAGUACUUCAACCAUGACUAAGAGAGAAGCAGAGGAACUGAUAGAAAUUGAGAUCGAUGGGACUGAGAAACCAGAGUGCACAGAAGAAAGCAUUGUGGAACAAACGUAUGCCCCAGCUGAAUGUGUAAGCCAGGCCAUAGACAUCAAUGAACCAAUAGGCAAUUUAAAGAAACUUCUAGAACCCAGACUGCAGUGUUCUUUGGAUGCUCAUGAAAUUUGUCUGCAAGAUAUUCAGCUGGAUCCAGACCGGAGCUUGUUUGACCAAGGAGUGAAAACAGAUGGGACUGUACAGCUUAGUGUACAGGUAAUUUCUUACCAAGGAAUUGAGCCAAAGCUGAACAUUCUUGAAAUUGUUAAAACCGCGGAAACAGUUGAAGUGGUCAUUGAUCCAGAUGCUCACCAUGCAGAAGCAGAAGCACAUCUUGUUGAAGAAGCCCAAGUGAUAACUCUUGAUGGCACCAAGCAUAUCACAACCAUUUCAGAUGAGACCUCAGAGCAAGUAACAAGAUGGGCUGCUGCACUGGAAGGCUACAGAAAAGAGCAGGAACGCCUCGGGAUCCCCUAUGAUCCUAUACAGUGGUCCACAGACCAAGUCCUGCAUUGGGUGGUUUGGGUAAUGAAGGAGUUCAGCAUGACUGAUAUAGACCUCACCACACUCAACAUUUCGGGAAGAGAAUUAUGUAGUCUCAACCAAGAAGAUUUUUUUCAGCGGGUCCCUCGGGGAGAAAUUCUCUGGAGUCAUCUGGAGCUUCUUCGAAAAUAUGUUUUGGCAAGCCAAGAGCAACAGAUGAAUGAGAUAGUUACAAUUGACCAACCUGUGCAAAUUAUUCCAGCAUCAGUGCAGUCGGCUACACCAACCACGAUUAAAGUUAUAAACAGUAGUGCAAAGGCAGCUAAAGUACAAAGAUCCCCAAGGAUCUCAGGAGAAGAUAGAAGCUCACCUGGGAACAGAACAGGAAACAAUGGUCAGAUCCAACUGUGGCAGUUUUUGCUAGAACUUCUUACUGACAAGGAUGCGCGAGACUGUAUUUCUUGGGUUGGUGAUGAAGGUGAAUUUAAGCUAAAUCAGCCCGAAUUGGUUGCACAAAAAUGGGGACAACGUAAAAACAAGCCUACGAUGAACUAUGAGAAACUCAGCCGUGCAUUGCGGUAUUAUUAUGAUGGGGACAUGAUUUGUAAAGUUCAAGGCAAGAGAUUUGUGUACAAAUUUGUUUGUGACUUGAAGACUCUUAUUGGAUACAGUGCAGCAGAACUGAACCGCUUGGUAACAGAAUGUGAACAGAAGAAACUUGCAAAGAUGCAACUCCAUGGAAUAGCCCAGCCUGUCACAGCCGUAGCCCUGGCAGCUGCCUCUCUACAAACAGAAAAGGACAAUUGAGACCUAGGACGUCCUAGGAAUCUAAGGUUUUUCUUAAAUAUUCAGAGCAAACUUUGCUCUAAUCUUUAUUACUGAAUUUGAAUCUUAUUUCUAGACUGUACAAUCUGAUGCAUGAUUUUUUUUAUAAAUAUUUCAUACUCUUGUGAAUUUGGAUCUUUUUACUUUGAACAUAUAUUUUAGAAAAUGUGUGUUAAAAGAUCACCACAAUGCCUGCAGCGUGAGAGCAGGUUCACUGUGGAGUAGUCUGCUAACAGUCAGGAAAGCUAAACUGGUCAGUAUUAAUGUCUAGCCCUACCAAAAACAGCCAAUAGCAUCUGAAGAUGAAAGUAAGGAAGCAUGUCCAGGAAACAGCCUGGGGUAGCCACUACUGAGGUAUAGUUGUUUCCUCCCUGCUGCUUUACACAGAGCCCGAAAAGGAAAUUCUCAGCUAAAGCAUGUGUGCCUGUUUCAUCUAAUCAAGCAGAGCUAAACAUUUAUAUCAAAUAAAAUUAUAUUGAUAUAAUUACUAAACUAUCAGGUUAUUAAUUUAUAUAUUUACAAGUAAAAAAUAAGUUAACUAGCAGAAAAGUGUUGAAUGAGACCCAGGUUUAAAACUGGCUUAACUCAAACAUUAUUAAUGGUUUUCUGUAUAGAUUAUUCAUUAUGUCAGGCCAAGAACUUAAAUUAUUUUGAGAGGGGCAUUUUAUUCUAAUAAACCAGCUAUUGCAAAAAUUCCAAAAUGAUAUCAUUCUUUCUCUCAGAUUUUAAAAAGUAUACCACAGUCAUAAAAAAAAUU